CGCGGGGCGACGACGCGAUGCGACGUGAACGCGCGCGCGGGGACGCGCGCGGCGGGGAGCGAGAGACGCGCGCGCGAACGCGCGUCGGAAUGAUUUUCGUUCGCGCGCGCGCGGGGCGCAGGCGCGCGGAUAACGUCCGCGUGGGCGUGCGGGCGCGGAUAGACGCGGACGGCGCGUGACGUCCGCGAUAAGGCGCGCGUGGAUUACCGGCGACGAGAACGCGCGAUGUCGUGGCGACGACGCGGUGCGCGCGCGAUCGGGCGCACGGUGUGAAACGAAAGAUACUGACGGAUGCGCGUACGAAACGUAGGUGGACCAAACGCGUCGCGAUGCGUUGAAGAUGGCGGCGGGUUUCGCGGCGACGUUUGGCUUGGCGCAAAGCGCGAGCGCGGCGGACGACGUCGCGUCUUCUCGCAUGUCUUACUCUCGAUUCCUCGAGUACCUCGACAUGGGACGGGUGAAGAAGGUUGAUUUGUACGAGCAAGGCACGAUCGCUAUCGUGGAGGCGGUUUCGCCGGAGCUUGGUAACCGCGUGCAGCGCGUGCGCGUGCAGCUUCCGGGAACGUCUUCCGAGUUGCUCAAGAAGUUCCGUGAAAAGAAUGUUGAUUUCGCGGCGCACACGAACACGGAGGACAACGGACAAGUGUUCUUGAACUUGCUCGGCAACUUGGCAUUCCCGCUCUUGCUCGUCGGGGGGUUAUUCUUGCUCACUCGCCGCCAGCAAGGCGGCGGCGGCGGCGGCAUGCCGGGCGGCAUGGGCGGCCCGAACAACCCCAUGGCGUUCGGCAAGUCCAAGGCCAAGUUCCAAAUGGAACCGAACACUGGCGUCACUUUCGAUGACGUUGCCGGUGUGAAGGAAGCUAAGAACGAUUUCAUGGAGAUUGUCGAGUUCUUGAAGCGUCCGGAGCGAUUCACCGCCGUUGGUGCCAAGAUCCCGAAGGGGUGCCUUCUGGUCGGUCCGCCGGGUACGGGUAAGACCUUGCUCGCCAAGGCGAUCGCCGGUGAAGCUGGUGUCCCGUUCUUCUCCAUCUCUGGUUCUGAAUUCGUUGAAAUGUUCGUCGGUGUCGGUGCGUCCCGCGUCCGCGAUCUCUUCAAGAAGGCGAAGGAAAACGCCCCGUGCAUCAUCUUCGUUGACGAAAUCGACGCCGUCGGUCGCUCCCGUGGUACCGGCGUCGGCGGUGGUAACGACGAGCGCGAACAAACGUUGAACCAGCUUCUUACCGAAAUGGAUGGUUUCGAAGGCAACACCGGUAUUAUCGUCAUUGCGGCGACGAACCGUGCCGACAUCCUCGACCCGGCGCUCCUCCGUCCGGGUCGCUUUGACCGCCAAGUGGCCGUCGACGUCCCGGAUCUCGCCGGUCGCGUCGAAAUCUUGGGUGUUCACGCCAAGAACAAGCGUUUCGAAGACGAAGUCGAUCUUGAAAUGAUUGCCAAGCGCACCCCGGGAUUCUCCGGUGCCGACCUGUCCAACCUUCUCAACGAGGCCGCCAUUCUUUGCGGUCGACGCGGCAAAACCGCCAUCAGCCUCUCUGAAGUCGACGACUCCGUUGAUCGCAUUGUCGCCGGUAUGGAAGGUACGCGCUUGAACGAUGGUAAGGCCAAGAGCCUCGUAGCGUAUCACGAAGUCGGUCACGCCAUUUGCGGCACGCUCACUCCGGGUCACGACCCGGUGCAAAAGGUGACUUUGAUCCCGCGUGGUCAAGCCAAGGGUUUGACGUGGUUCAUCCCGGGUGAGGACGCGUCUCUCAUCUCCAAGCAACAGAUUUUCGCUCGCGUCGUCGGUGCUCUCGGUGGGCGUGCGGCGGAAGAAGUUAUCUUCGGUGAGGCUGAAGUGACCACGGGUGCGAGCAGCGACCUCAACCAAGUCGCGUCCAUGGCGAAGCAAAUGGUCACCACGUUCGGUAUGUCUGACAUUGGUCCGUGGUCGCUCCAAGAUCCGAGCGCUCAAGGUGGUGACAUGAUCAUGCGCAUGAUGGCGCGCAACUCCAUGUCUGAGAAGCUCGCCAACGACAUCGACGUUGCCACCAAGCGCAUCGCCGACGAAGCGUACGAGGUUGCCGUCAAGCAAAUCAGAGACAACCGCGAGGCUAUCGACGUCAUCACGGAGGAACUCAUGGAAGUCGAAACCAUGACUGGCGAACGUUUCCGCGAGAUCCUCUCGCAGUUCGUCGAGAUCCCGGCGGUGAACAUCCCGGGUGAAGUGAAGAUGGCUACUGUGAACGCGGGUGGUAAGCUUUAAGUGCUGUACUCAUCGGAGAGCAUCAAGGAUAGAGAUGUGAUGCCGUCGGCUUCGAAACAGCGCCGCAGAACUUUAGUUGCAAACUUCUAGAGAGUGGGUGAUUCCCAGAAAAGCGAAUCGUCGCGGGCUUAGGCGCGAUGAGCUUGUAAUAUGGAACAAUUGAACAACACGCAAA